GUUUAAUAAUAUUGUUUGUAAAAACCUUAACCUUCGAGUCCUUGCCACCAUUGACAACGUCCCACGACCCACCCGCUGCCACUUCGGACUUUAGUUGUUUCCUCUUCACGAGUCUCGCCUGCCGACAUACCGCCACCGUGCUGCGCCAGGCUGCACCGCUGCACACCCCCAGGCACUAGUGCACCACCUUCAAUUGACUCUAAAUCUCUAAUUUUAGGGAAAGGGUUUGAUUGAGGGAAAUGGAAGCUGCUCAGGUAAAUAUCUCAAAUGCUUUUGAAGAUGAUGCGGUGUUUAAUGGCAUUGGUGGUCAAUUAAUUGAAGCAUCAAUUUUUCAACCAUUUGGUGUAUCAAGUUCAGGAAUCUGCACUGACGUAGUGCCAGCCUCAUUUGAGAACAAGCUGAAAAGUAAUCCCGGGAAUGGGCAUCUGCAAGACUCUUCUAAGCAUUUCAUUGGUAGUAGUGACCCGAGGGUGCAAGUUCCAGCAUCUACUCCUGGUGUCUCAAAUUGUUAUGUAUUCAAGAGUCGGCUGCAGGAAUAUGCCCAAAAAGUUGGGUUGCCAACGCCUGUGUAUGAGACCAUUAAAGAAGGCCCUUCGCAUGAGCCUUCUUUCAGGUCAACUGUGGUGGUAGGUGGUGCCAGAUAUGACUCUUUGCUCGGGUUCUUCAAUCGUAAGGCAGCAGAGCAAUCUGCAGCUGAAGUUGCUCUAAUGGAAUUAUCAAAGAGUGGGGAGAAAAAAGAUUCCAUCAGCGUUCCUGUGCAUGAGACUGGUUUAUGCAAGAAUUUGCUCCAGGAGUAUGCACAAAAAAUGAAUUAUGCAAUUCCUACAUAUGUAUGUCGGAAGGAUGACACCUCUGGUAGGACAGCACUCUUUUCGUGUACAGUUGAGAUUGGCCCCAUUCAGUAUAUUGGUGCAGCAGCAAGAACCAAAAAAGAAGCGGAGAUAAAAGCUGCAAGGACUGCCCUACUUUCAAUUCGGUCAAGUGGUGCUGCUGGAGAUCAGAAUCUUGAAGGUAAACGCCAGUAUACAGUAGUCCCAUGCAAAAGAAAGAUGCCAGAAACUGCUCCUUGUCAAGUGAAGACUGUAAAAGUAAAGAAGCCCAAGAAACCCCGCUUUAAGAAGAGGACUUUACGGAAGGAAAUGCAACCUGGUCAUCAUACUCAAACUGGGACUAUGGGUAGUUUGCUAAGUAAUAAUACAGGUAAUUCAAUUUCCGUUCACGUGUCAAAUGAUGGAAAAGCAAGUUCAGAUCUGGAAAGCGGGCCUUCCAAGUGUAACCUACUUGAUGGAGUUGUAUCUGUUGUCAAAGAAGAUUUGGGCCCACAGGUCGGUUUAGUUGCCUGCAGUCAAACUCAAGUGACUGCUUCUAGCAUUCAACCAGAUGAUUGUAAAAACACUCCUUUAGAGCAUGUGGUGCUAGUAGCUGAUGCAAGUAGUACUCAUAAAGAAAAUAACAAUCAGUGUGCACGAAGUCAUACCCGGGAAGACUUCACUCUAUUUCAGUGAGUCAGAUUCAUCUUCCGGUUCUAAGAUUAGACAGGAAGUUCUGACUACCGCAGUGGUGAAUGAAGAAAACAAUGUGCCCACAACCAUACCAUCAGACUAAGAUUGAAUUUUGACGUAAUCGGUGUUGGCCUCUGGAGAUGACCCGUAGACUGAGCAGAGUAAGGUUUUUUGCCUGUGGUUCAACAAGUCAAGUUAAAAAUACUAAAGACAGAUGUUGAAUUUUAAAACAGCCAUCUGCUGCAGUAAUGUAAGUAGUAGUAGUUUUAGAUUAAACUGUGAAUGCUGGUUCUUGCAGUUGCCAGCUGAGUUUUUAUUUUAAAAUAUGGGUGCUAAUCAUCCAAGGCUUUACUCUUCUGUACAACGUAUCAACGUGGUCUUGUCAUCUUGUUCUAUUUUUAAUUGUUACUUUUUCAUUUUAUUUUGGGAACCCAAAACCCCCACCCCCACAAAAUAAAGGAAAAAGGUAAAA